CUUCUCCUCCUCCCUCCCCCGCCUCUUCUCCUCCUCCCUCCCCCGCCUCUUCUCCUCCUCCCCCCGCGUCCUCGCUCCCAAGAAAAGAAUGCCCCCCAAAAAGGCCGCCGCGCCAGAGAAGAAGGCCCUCCUCGGCCGCCCCAGCAACAACCUGAGGAUCGGCAUCGUAGGGCUGCCCAACGUCGGCAAAUCAUCCUUCUUCAAUGUCUUGACUAAGACCGACCUCGGCCUCGCGCGCAACUAUCCUUACGCGACCAUAAAUCCAGAAGAGGCGCGUGUUCCCGUCCCAGACACCCGAUUCGACUGGCUCUGCGAGCUGUACAAGCCUGCCUCUCGCGUCCCCGCUCACUUGACGUGUCUCGACAUCGCGGGUCUGACCGCCGGCGCCUCUACUGGCGCAGGCCUUGGCAACGCCUUCCUGUCGCACGUUCGCUCAGUCGACGGCAUCUUCCAAGUCGUCCGUGCGUUCGACGAUGCCGACAUCAUCCACGUCGAGGGCGACGUCGACCCCCUCCGCGACAUGGAGAUCAUCCAAACAGAGCUGCGCCUCAAGGAUAUCGAAUGGACCGAGAAGCACCUCGAUGGCUUGAAAAAGACUGGUCGCUCUCUCGGAAAUUCUAGCCUCGCAGACAAGGCAAGGAAAGAGGAAAUCGCCACAGUUGAAAAAGUCUACAAGGUCCUGACCGUCGAUCAGAAGGACGUUCGCAAAGCAGAUUGGACAAACAAGGAGAUCGAUGUAGUAAAUGGCUUGCAGCUUCUCACUGCCAAGCCCGUCACGUACCUCGUCAAUCUCAGCGAGAGGGACUAUGUGCGCAAGAAGAACAAAUGGCUGCCGAAGAUCAAGGGUUGGAUCGACGAAAACAAUGCCGGCGAUCCUCUCAUCCCUUUUUCCGUCGCACUGGAAGAGCGACUCGUCAACAUGUCCGACGAAGAGCGGGUGGAAGAAGAGAAGAAGAUUGGUGCCGUGAGUGCCCUCCCGAAGAUUACCACAGCGGGUUAUGCCUGUUUGGAUUUGAUUCGCUACUUCACCUGUGGCCCGGACGAAGUACGAGCCUGGACGAUCCGACGCGGGACCAAAGCACCACAAGCUGCAGGUGUCAUCCACUCCGAUUUCGAGAAUAAGUUUGUAUGUGGAGAAAUCAUGAGCUUUGAUGACCUCAAGGAGCUCGGUAGUGAGUCUGCUGUGAAGGCUGCUGGCAAGCUACGGCAGCAGGGUAAACCUUACGAAAUGGUGGAUGGUGACAUUGCUUACUGGAAGGCUGGAGCAUAAUCCUCACACUUCACUGUUGACAUAACCAUGAAGUGAUAUCUACGAAGUUCUUCAUAGGGUACAAUGUAAGAGUAAUGAGACAGCCUGGGGUGAAUUAUGACUACAUUGCAUGACCUUUGUAACCUUGCAUUGUUGAAACAGUAGGCCUGUGUUAAGGAUCUGUCUUUACCAAAAUCCACCUUGUGUGCCACUUCAAAGGCUUACUUUGAUCCAA